AUGGCGUCCGACCAGAGUGCCGCCGCUCCAGAGGCUGGCCAAAAGCGGCCCCGUACUCCGGAGGAAGAGAUAAAAGGGGCCGAAUACUGGGAAGAACAAGCAUCCAAGGUGGCGCGAAAGGCUUGUGUGCGACGUGACCUAUACUUGGACACGAUCCAUCGUGAUCGUUUAGAUUUUGACGUGGAGCGCGUGUGCAGCGUCUCACUUUCGCGCACCAACGUGUAUGCCUGCCUGGUUUGUGGCAAAUACUUUCAAGGUCGAGGGCCCAAGACCCAUGCCUACUUUCACUCGAUUGAUGAAUCUCAUCAUGUGUUUAUGCACCUCGAUACGACGCGGGUCUACGUAUUGCCGGACAAUUACGCGGUCGAUGACCCGUCGCUCGCUGAUAUCCAGUAUCAAUUUGAGCUCACCUUCUCGGAUGAGCAGCUAGCGCAGCUUGAUGCACCUGAGCAACUGUCGCGCGACUUGCAUGCGCGCACAUACGUUCCCGGGUUUCUGGGCCUGAAUAAUACGGCGCAUCACGAGGCCAUCAAUGUGGUACUGCAGGCCUUGUCUCACGUGGCACCACUUCGCGACUUUUUUCUUCGUCGAAGGCCCGGAAGUGAUGGCACGGAGCUUUUGAGACGGUUUGGCACACUUGUUCGCCGAUUGUGGAAUCCACGUGCGUUCAAGCGCCAAGUCUCACCGCACGAGUUUCUGCAGCAGGUGUCACAAGCGAGUCACGGGCGCUUUACGGCCUCGGAAGCCUGUGAUCCUGUCGAUUUCCUUGGAUGGCUCCUAAAUCAGCUGCAUCGUGACUUGGUGGGCGGCAGUGCCUCGAUGGCACGAAAAACGUCGUCGAUCAUCACUGACAGCUUCCAAGGCGCCAUGCGUCUUGAAACUCAGAAUGUGGCUGUCCGGACAGGGCUGGAAGAGGAUGCAUCGUCCGCUGUUCGUGUCGACAGGGCUGUGCGCGUCGACGAGGUCCCUUUCCUUUUCUUGGCGAUGGAUUUGCCGCCGCUACCGGUGUUUCCAGAUGGGUCCGACAACAUGAUGCCUCAGGUGCCUCUCGCCCACUUGCUUGCCAAGUAUGAUGGCAAGACCAACCAAGAUGUACAUGGCGCUAUCCGCCGUCACAAAAUCAAGCACCUUCCUCCGUAUCUCAUUCUUCACUUUCGGCGGUUCACACGAAAUCGAUUUGUCGAUGAGCGCAAUACGACGGUCGUGCACUUCUCGCCCAUGGGGCUGGAUGUGAAGGCGCUGGUGGAUGCACCGGAUCCACAGCUCGGUACUACGUACAAGCUGAUGGCUAAUAUAACGCACGAGGCGACAGCAGGCACGGUCCGUGACCAGAGUACAUGGAGUGCGCAGCUGCAUACCCGACAUGUGCCGCCGCAGUGGUUCCAGAUGCACGACGACCUCGUGGAGCGAGUCGAUCCGCACAUGCUGUUUUUGGGCGAGUCCUACCUCCAAAUUUGGGAGCGUGUAGCACCGACCUAA